AGCACUUAGCUCGGGAUAAACAAAGGCGGAGGCAGGCUCGGAGCGUCGGGGAAAUAUACCGUAUUUUUGUAACAAACAAUAAAAUAAAAUCAUAUUUUUAAAUAUAUAUCUAUAAUUAUUACAUUAUUGUGUACGCGUGUGUGUGUUUAAAUCGACGACGACGAAUAUCGCGGUGCACGACGGCGGCGGGUGCAAGCUGCUGCACUGUUCCCCCCCGAGUGUCUCAGGGUCGCAUGAAAACAUCCUCGAGAGGGGGGAGACCUUCACUUGCCGAGGGACGGUUCGACCAAGCCACCACUGGUGCUAAAGCCUGCCACACCUGGGCGGACACAUUCCUCCUUCACUUGUGAAGGGACCUGCCAUGUUUCAGAGGCUCAGUGGGUUCUUGUUCCCAGAGGAAGAGAACCCAGCCCCUCAGUCCAGGCGCGCAUCUUCACUGACCGAGUCGGACGGCGACGAAGGCUGGAUAAUCAUCGACCUUACUGACGUGAAUGGCAAUAUUACCCGUGAUGCCCUUACGGAUGAAGUUGACAAUGACAGCUUUAACCCUCCUCACCAGCAACCUACUUCCUCCAAUACCAGCAACUCUGAGGAUGGCACUCCAACACAACCUGCAGAGACUUCACGAGAGGCAGAAGAUUCGAGAAAUUGUCAGCCUACGCUACCACUGCAGGUGAAUUUCCCUGGUGCUACCGGCAAUGCUUGCGGUGACAGUUCAUUUGAUUCUGCACCUACCGAGCUGAUCUCUUUUGUGGACAAUUGGUUUGAGCCUCCACCAGCCACUUCCUCAGCCUGUUCUAUAGAAGCCAAAAAUACUGAGUGCCCGACGGUUCAAGCGCGUAGUGGCCUUAAAGGUCCACGCACACUUGAGGAAAGUUGGAUUCUGCCCAAGCGCGUGGGCUCGCCCCCAGCUCCGCUCUGUCCCGAGUGCAGCGACGAUGAUGAGGACUUCUCCUUCCCGGACGGCCGUGCAUUGGCAGCGGAAUUUUCUGACGGGAGCAGCUCCCAGAGCGAGCCCAGCACUCCGAGGGGCAUGGAGGAGAGCUGGCUGCUCGCUCCCCCGCCGUGUUUCUCAGCACCGGGAGAAGGCAGCUCCAAUCGGGGCCUUGAGAGCAGCCCUCUGGAGAACCUCCUCAUCGAACACCCGAGCAUGUCGGUGUAUGCCGCCUUCCGCCGUCGCCGGCCCAGCGGGCAGCCUCUGCACGGUGCCGUGGCUGCAGCCGCAGCACGGGGGACGCGGCAGGAGCCCUCCCGGCGCAAGGCCAAGGGCCGCAGGCCGGAGAAUCGGACACGCUUCCCCGUGCAGAGGGGAGGGCAAGAGUCUCCGCAAAGCAACACAGCGCCCAGCUCCCCACGCCGUGCACCACGCCGUUCCCCUGCAAGCGUGGCAGCGAACGCGGCCCGCAGCCUGUUGGAAAACGCCCGCCGCCUGCACCGCUCGACGCUCGUCAGCCUGCGCAGCCCACGCCUGCAGCCCAGCCGCCGCCAGCUCCAGAGGCAGAAUGACGCCAGGAACCGGGCCUCCUUUUCUGGUAGCAAUCUGAGUAUGCACGUCUGCUUGCAAGUCGGAGAAGAUCCGAUGAAAGCCAAGAGACAGAAGACCGAAGAGAGUGGGCCCUUCAUUUUGCGUGCGAGGAGGAGGAAAACCCCUCCAAAUCACAGGACACAGCACACUCAACAGGACCAUGAUGAAGUGAAGUCCCUGGAAAUGCAGGCAUGCUGGGAUGGUGCGGUCUCGGCCAACCCUGGAGUCUGCCGCCUUGUGCUGACGCCACAAAAAGAGAACGAGGACUGUACUCCUCCGGCCGGCACGCGCUUUGACCAGUGCCGCCUCGCAAACCUCUUCCUAACCUCCAGCAGGCCGUGUCCGCAGCUCAUCCUCAGCAUGGUCAAUGGUGGGGAGAUUUGGUCGAGUCUCCUGGGGAGAGAGCAACUGUACGUACGGGACAGAGAUUUUUUCAAACACCAUCUGUCGCUGGAACCAAAGAUGCGAGCCAUCCUCCUGGACUGGCUGACUGAGGUGUGCGAGGAGUACAAGAUGCACAGGGAGACCUUCUACCUGGCACAGGACUUCAUCGACCGUUACAUGUCCACCCAGAACGAUGUCGGAAAGUCUCGGCUUCAGCUCAUCGGCAUAACCGCUCUGUUCAUCGCGGCCAAGGCUGAGGAAAUGUAUCCACCCAAGUUGGUGGAAUUUUCCUAUAUAACAGACGGCGCCUGCAGCGAAGAUGAAAUUAUCCUUAUGGAGCUUCACCUGCUGAAGGCAUUGCAGUGGAAUUUGUGUCCCAUUACUUUAAAUUUCUGGCUCAACUUCUACAUGCAAGUGGCCACAAUCGCUGAUGACCAACACCUCCUCGAACCACAGUUCUCACGGGAAGAUUUUGUACAGAAAGCCCAGCUGCUGGACCUGUGCAUACUGGAUGUGGGUUGCCUGGAGUUCUCCUAUAGUGUCCUGGCUGCAUCCGUGCUCUUUCAUUUCUCAUGCCAGGAGCUAGUGCAGAAAGUUUCGGGGCUGCGUUGGGACGAGAUGGAGGAGUGUGUACGGUGGACGCUGCCGUUCGCCAUGGUGAUGCGCGAGUCUCCACGGGCAACGCUCAAGAGUUUCAAGAACGUGCCAGAGGAGGACCAACACAACAUCCAGACGCACUCUGUCAGCAUGCUGCUGCUGGAAAGAGCACAGGCCCUGCAGCUCGAGUUGAGCAGAUCAUCGCAGGAAUCUCCAACACCGUGCAUGCUUCUAACUCCGCCCAACAGCAACAAGAAGUGAUGCCUCCUCCUCCCAUUGUGAGCUUCGAGGAAGUCUUGGACAACUGGAAAAUAAAAUGGUCUCCCACAACAGCCUUGUCCAUAGCUAACAACCAGUAUUAUUUUUGUAUCACACUAAGGUAAAGUAAAAUCCUCUUGGAUGGUUGUGGAUGUGCGUGUUUAUUUCAAGGCACAUCACAGUGCAUGAUACCAUAGAUUAUUUUCAACUACUAAACUAUAUUGUAAGAAAUGAAAAAAUGUAAAGCAAUAUGUAUGGUCUGUCAAAAUUCAACAUGCUAGAUACCGUGAUGACAUGUUUCAAGAUUAAAUGUACAUACCAGCAUUGAUUUUGAUUGUCAAUACAUUUUCUUUGUAUGAUCAAAGGGAAAAUAGAAUAGCUUUGUAUACACGUACAUGUUUCGUCGAAGCACAUGUUGAAAGCACUGAUAAUCUGUUGAAUUAAACAUACCCAAGACAAGUUUUAUUUUAAAGUUCAGUAUUUUAUUUUAUUGAAGGUUGUAAAAUACUUUCAGGCUUGUAUGUGGGGAAUUGCUGCAUAUUCAACAGUUUGGGGAUAUUUCAUGAAUUUAAGUAAAUCUAAUGUAUACGUGGCUCUUUAAUAUUAAGUUAAUAUGAAUCAACAUGCACAAUGAAUCUACAUUUUAGAAUUUUUAACAAGUGCUGGAUGGAGUGCUAAAUCAUGGUCACUUUGUUUUAUAGAUACGCAUUACUGCCAUAUGUGUUUAUUUGAGUGCUUUGCAUUUUAUUAAAUCUGUAAAUGUUACAUAGUUUUAAAUUGCUUGAUGGCAAUCUUUAACAAAAAUCAUGUAUUGUUUAUUUUUUUUCUUAAGGAGGUGUAGUGCUGCUUGUAAGAAAUGUGGCGUUUGCAAAUCGGGUUGAGAGGUGCAUAUUGGGUUAAGCCUGGGCAUUUGACAGUGGAUGUGUGCCAUCUGUGGAAACUGAAAUGUAUAACAGUUUUGUGAGAUUUUUGAAAUGUGCUUGAAUAUGAAAAAUAAAAUGUUU